UCUUGACGGGUGAUGACGUAUACAGGAAAUACAAAACAGGCUUCAAUAAGUGAUCCACAUUUUUAGCCUUCAUUUCUCCCACCUGAGCUUAUUUUAGUCCUCUGAAUCAUGCACACGUGGAGUCUCGUGUCGAUCUGCGUGUUGCUCGGAGUUGUCACGAGAUGGGGCGUUUCGUUGAAUUCAUAUUCAGGGGCGGGGAAACCUCCCAUGUUUGGCGACUACGAAGCUCAAAGGCAUUGGCAAGAAGUGACCUACAACCUCCCUCCGCAGGAAUGGUAUUUCAACACCACUGACAAUGACCUGUUGUACUGGGGUCUGGACUAUCCUCCUCUGACGGCCUACCACAGCCUGAUCUGUGCUUACGUAGCCAAGAUGAUUAACCCUGAAUGGGUGGAGCUGCACACAUCCAGAGGUUAUGAAAGUCCAGCACACAAGUUGUUCAUGAGGGCUACAGUUCUGGUGGCUGAUUUGUUGAUUUUCUUCCCGGCUGUGGUUGUUUACUGUUUUUACCUGACUGAUGGAUCCUCUAAAAGAAAGGUUUCCACUGUGCUCCUCUUCCUUCUUUACCCGGGGCUUAUCCUCAUUGACUACGGCCAUUUUCCAGUAUCCUUUAAGCACAAGUACAACGCAGUGAGUCUGGGGUUUGCCCUGUGGGGCGUUCUGGCUCUGGGUCUGGGCUGGGAUGCAUUUGGCUCCAUGGCCUUCUGUCUGGCUCUCAACUACAAACAGAUGGAGCUGUACCACGCUCUGCCCUUCUUCUGCUACCUGCUCGGAAAGAGUGUCAAACUGGGCCUGACGGGCCGAGGGUGAGUUGAUUUAGUCUUCAUCCAGUGGAACGUAAUCCUUUUUUUAAAACCAAAGAAUUGUUUCUUUAGAUUUUGGGAAAUUGAAUGAAGUAAUGAAGUUGUCCAUUU